AUGUCUGCCAGUGAGCUCGUCAAGUCUCGACCUCCCAGGGCGUCGGCAUCGGUUACUACGCCGUCACAAUACCGCCCCAUCGCUCCCGUAACACCUAUCCCGGUCGUGGAGCCCCCGCCGAAAGCUAAGCGAGGUCGUAAGCCGAAUCCCGGCUCCAAGAGUGCGCGCGAGGCCCUCCGUAAAGAGUCUCAUAGUCGAAUUGAAAAACGAAGACGAGAGAAGAUUAACGAAACGUUGACUGCUCUCAGAGAGCUGAUUGCCGAGGGCGAGACAAACUCUCGACAACAACACAGUCCUCCACCCGGUCCGGAGCGCGAGUUUAAGCUUGAGCUCUUGGAACGUACUGUGAUUUUUGUGCGAGGAUUGUUGGACAAGACUCGGAGACUCGAACAGGAGUUGAAUGAUCUUCGGGGUCCGGUGGCACGUGGCGACGAGGUCGAUGCCGAGUCCGAGCCACCUCGCAAACGCAAGAAGAUUGCCACCCCGUCUUCGUCUCCCAAUCCUGGCCCUUCAUACGAACGUGAACCGGCUGUGGAUGAUAUCGAGCUGGACGAGAGCAGCGGCCUUUCCUCGCCCGAGCCCGAGACCACGCCUCCUUCCCCCGCCCCACACCUCGCAGGGACAUUGCAUUCCCAUCUGCUGUUCCUCGCCGGAGCAUGUAACCUCCACGGCCCGACCGGCGCUUCGGUACCCGAGUCUCAAAUGGAGACACUUGACCUUCCUUCUCCUGAAGUAUCUCUUUCUCGAAACCCCACAUACGAGUCUCGUUUAAAGGCUGGUAAGCUACCAGGGGAAUUGGACUCGAGCUCGGAGGAUACGGAUACUGCGGCUGCUGCGCUCUUGCUCCAGUUCUCGAGUAAAACGCCGAUGAAGGCGUUGGACGAAAUCAAGUCGCUCCCCUACUGCCUGAUUGAUAUCGGAAUCAAUAACGAUGAUAUGGAACACCUUGGCACCCAGAUCCAGUUGCUAGCAUAG